AUGCCUACCCGUCUCACUAAGACAAGAAAGAGCCGCGGUCAUGUUUCCGCCGGUUACGGUCGUAUCGGAAAGCACCGUAAGCAUCCCGGUGGUCGUGGUAUGGCCGGUGGUCAACACCACCACCGCACCAACCUCGACAAGUACCACCCCGGUUACUUCGGUAAGGUCGGCAUGAGGUACUUCCACAAGACCCAGCAGCAGUUCUGGAAGCCCACAAUCAACCUCGACAAGCUGUGGUCCCUCGUCCCCGCUGAGCAGCGCGAGGCCUACGUGAGCGGCAAGAAGACCGACACUGCUCCCGUCAUCGAUCUCCUUUCUCUCGGCUACUCCAAGGUCCUCGGCAAGGGCCGUCUCCCUGAAGUCCCUAUCGUUGUUCGUGCCCGCUACGUCAGCCGUGAUGCUGAGCAGAAGAUCAAGGAGGCUGGUGGCGUUAUUGAGUUGGUUGCUUAG